UCACACAGCAGCAUAAAAGCCAGUCCUGUGCCUCACUCCCUCACACCCUUCUCUUGACACCUUCUCCUGUGCACUCCUCCAGAGACCCUCCACCCCACAGCCAUGUCCUGCUCCAACCUCUGCCGCCCCUGCGGACCCUCCCCGCUGGCUAACAGCUGCAACGAGCCCUGUGUCAGGCAGUGCCAGGACUCCCAGGUCGUCAUCCAGCCUUCCACCGUGGUGGUCACCCUGCCGGGACCCAUCCUCAGCUCCUUCCCCCAGAACACCGCCGUCGGAUCCUCCUCAUCAGCUGCCGUGGGCAGCGAACUCAGCGCCCAGGGAGUGGCCAUCUCCUCCGGCGGCUUCGGCUUCGGAGGCCGGGGCUGCUUCAACGGCUGGAGAGCCCGCUACCCCUGCUAAGGGCCUGCGCCCACACCCUCACAGCAACCUCCUGCACCCUGCAAGGCGCCUCAUGCACUGAGCUCUCAUCUCUGUGUCACUGAUGGCACAUGGGCUCACCAGCCAUGGCUCCUCUUAUCAUGGCACAAAGCUCGCAAGCA